AUGGUGAUGAUAUCGUCCAAAACGCUGAUCCAGGCACAUUCGGUGCUUCUGGUUGUCAUUGCCGGCUAUUUGAUCAAGAGCCCGGAGGUGAUCACCGAUUCCAACAUCGUGUUUAUGUUCGGAGAGACCUUGAGAAUCGUACGACUUCCCCCCGCCACCAGUUCCGCGCAAUCCCCUUUCAUCUUCUGCGCCGUACUCCUCUUCGUCGAAGCCCUUGUUGACAUCACCCUCCUCUCCACCCUCCCCUUCGAUGCCCUGCAAGAAGCCAUGCCUUAUAUCCGCCCUACGCGGAACCCCAAUCUCGCUUCCGAGGACCUCCGUGCGCUGGAGAGACUCCCGAUGUAUAUUGCGAAGUCCCUGACUAUCUACUGGAAUGUGUGGAUUAGUGUUGCCGGGAGCCGUAUUCUCGCGUAUACCGCGCUAGCUGUGUAUAUCUACCAGAGCAAGGGGAAUUUUGUAGCGUCUCAGUAUGGGUCCGUUGCUGAUAUUGCUGGAUUUGACCGAUUAAAAAACCGGACUGUCUUCUCCUUUGCCUUUAUGGAGAUGAUGAUGUGGUUCUGGGCCUUUGUUACGCUGCGUGAUGAGCGUCAGGAUCGACUGACAAAAUUACUGGAGGAUGCGAAGGAAAACUAG